GUAUUUUAAGGCAUCGAAAUAUUAAUAAAGUAUAUUUAGAAAAACAUUCUUAUUGGCCAAAAAAUCAGUGAUUUUCUCCCCAAUUUAUGCUUACCCUUCCAAUUUACCUUCUAUGUACUCUAUCUCAUCUCCCAACCAUGCAAUUCUUUUUUUUUUCCUAGAAAAAGGAGAGAAUCAAAGAGGGGAAAGCACUAUACAUCUCCCUUCCCAGCCCCUAUUUGCCUUCCUAGCCAAAAAACAUGAAGAAAAACUCACACUUUCGCAUCAAUUUUCAGCCAUUUGAUGAGUUUAUUGUUGAGUUUUCUUGCCUUUUUUUUUGCAAAAUUGACCUCCUAGCAGAAAUGUUUGCUUUUGUUAUUAUUGAUUGUUUCAUAGAUUUGAAAGAAUCAAGAAGAAGCACAGCAAAGUAAACAUCCAGUGUUUAAGGAACUGGACAUGCACUGAUUAAUUUCUGGCAAAGAUAAGCACUCCUGAGUUCCAUACCUGGGUUCAUUGAAAGGGGAUUGUUCAAUGGACAGAUCCUAACUGGGGGAGGAGGGGACAAAGACUUUUAACAUAUCUCAGUCUUCAAUUAUUUCGCAGCUUCCUUGUUAUAUUAGUUUCUCUGAUUUUGCACAUGGACAUGGACUUUGCUUUAAGUACCCUACUGCUAUAAUGGUUUGCACAUGGACACGGUUUCUGAACAUGACGACAAUUAAGAUCUUCCGUGUUCUAUUAAUUUUAAAAAUGAGAGUUACAGGGUAAUUUUCAAUAAUUUUUACACAACAAAUUGGGCACAGCCAGAAAAUUUCUAGUAACAAUUACGUUCAAAUAUGUGUUUUACGCAAUUAUAAUAUUGACAAAUGAUCUUGAAGAAUUUUUAAAAUAAGGGAACCAGACCAGUCAGCCCACUCAAUUAUCAAAUCCACUUAACAACCACUAAAAGCCCACUGACCCAAUGCUAAUGCCCGCUCCCCUUCUCAUUCCCUUCGCACUUUCGGCGGCAAUUGUAACUCACUGAGUCAACUCACGUCGAAUCGUUCGAGGGAGAGCGAGUUGACGUGGGCUCUGGAUUCUCCGACUUGCAGGCAAUGAUUCUGGUACUGGCCAGCCUAAUUCCUUCUGACCAAACCUCAGUGCACUAAACAAUGAGUGGAAUUCGUGGAAUACUUUUCCAAACUUGCAAGAAGAAGUUUCACUGUUUGUCCCGAGAUGCUGGUCCUAGUGAAGUUUUGAAGAAAAGAAUUGCUGAAAUGGAGAGGAAGAGAAAGAGGAGAGAUCCCAGAAAGAAUCAACUUUUCGUUGAAGUGCCAGAAUCAAAAUCUUUUCUUGAUACUGCCACCAUGCCGAUGAUCCUCACUGUUGCCGGGACUGCCCUUUUUGCAAAGCUUCUAAUGAUGCUUGAUGAGUCGAAGUCUCAAGAGAUGAUUGAGCGAAAAAUAAAGAAUGCGCCUCCUGGUCAAGGGAGUGUGAGGAUGCUAACUCGGGAAGAGUGGGAAGAAGUUCGAGAAGUGAGACCAAGGACGCCGUUUGAAUCAAAGCUUGCCCGUCCAAAUGCUCGAAUAAGGACUGGGGAACCAUUGCAUUGGGAAGACGUUAAGGACUGGACAAUUGAUGUGCUCACAGACGGUUUCACUCGCGCUGAAGAAUGUGUUAGACGGCGAUCUAAUUAGCUUCAGAGAAGAAAGUAAACAGAGCAAAGAAUGAAAAACCUUCUAAUUUGCUACAAUUGAUAGUGGCUGUUCCUUGUCAAACGAGUUUGCAAGCUUUUGAGGUUUUUGUUUGUCACGGGUGGAGGUCUUCUGAGCUCUCUUUCCCAAGAAGGAGCUUGCACAAGAAAAAUCACAAGCGUCUCAUCGGUUAUAUCAACAACUUGAAGCUCAUUCUGGUUAUCUCACGACAUAGAUUCCAUAUCUGUGAUUAUCAGUUUAACGAUGGUAGCUCAACUUCGAAGAGCUUUAUUUGCCAGUGGACUUUAAGCUACUAGCAUCAAACUGACUAGGAAAAUUGACAAAUGGUCUAAUGCCUACUUUGUUCGUUGUGCUCCAAAACUUGCCAGUAACAGUGCCAUUCUAGUCUAAAUAGGUUGUUGCCAUGCGGAUAUGGUAACCGUUGUCAAUCAGCUGUCUGUACUGGCUAAUUUAUGUAUGCUGAAAGACAAAAGUUAUAGUAUGCAAGCAAAAGUAAAAAUAUUCAAUCUUGCACA